AUGGAAUGCUGCAGAGGGGGCAAAAGGCUGACCCCGCUGGAGCAGCAAAUCAGGGCACUUAACUUGGAAGAUGGGGGCAUCAAUGACAGCACCCUGGGGGCUACCAUGCAAUUUCCCAUGUACGUAGUCUCUGUGCAGCAGUUGCUGAAGAUGACGGAGGUUCGACCACACGAGAUCUUGAAGGACGAUGGCAUUGCCAUCGAGUACGAGGAAAGCAUGGGCGAAGCCGCUUUCAUCUCGCAUGAGUGGGUUGGUGAUUGGCAUCCCGACCCUGAGUUCAAGCAGUUGAGAGUUCUUCAGGAUGCGCUCAAAUACAUGAUGUUUGACUUGCAGCAAAUCCCCGCCGACGUCUUCACAGAGGUCCACUGCAAGAAAAAGCCGAUUUCCACGUCGGCUUUCCGAACUCAAGCCCUGUGUGUGUGGUACGAUUAUUUCUGCUGCCCACAGCUUGGCCGUCAGCCUUCUCUCUCGAGUUCAGACGGCGACCUAUCCAUGGCUGUUACCAGCAUUCCUGCAUAUGUGGCGAAGUGCUCGUAUUUCUUCGCGCUGUGCCCUGUCAUUGUGAGCGAGGAGUUAGGCAAGGUCUUUUCUCCUCAGACAUGGGCACAGCGGGGAUGGUGUCGCAUGGAAAGAACCUUCCACGAUCUUUCGAAGAAUGAUGGCUGGUUCAUGAUCAAGAGCGGUGCAGAAAUCGAACUCGUGGCGUCCUUUGGCGGCACCGUUGGGGGUGCACCCGGUUCUGGCAGAUUCACGGUCAGCAGUGAUCGCAAGACGUUGGCACCAGUCUUGAGCCGCGCGGUGAAGUGCAAGUUGCUUUCCUUGCUGACGUCUUUCAAGCUCCAAGAAUACAGAGUUUUGCUGAACAUGCAGGAAAUCCUUAUGAAGGAUCUCCCAGCGCAAGACUUGGCUGAGCCACGUCCGGGGUUUGUAUCUGCGAAAGGCUUAGAUGAUGAGUCUGUUGCAGUGUCUGCUUUCAUGUAUCAAAAUGGCUUCGAGCUGGUACAGGAAGUUGACGAUGCCGGAUGGUCGCCCCUACACUAUGCUGCCCUGGCCGGCAAGACAUUGGUGGUGCAAGGGUUGCUAGCGCAGCGAGCAAGCCCUGACUGCCAGACGCAGCAUGAACAACCUCGCGUGGGCAUUGCUCCAGGGACGACUGCCCUGAGCAUCUCCGUUUUUGCUCAUCACAAUGAUGUUGCGAAGUUGCUGAUCGCUGCAAAGGCUGCGGUUUCCGCAGGUUUAGCUCCUCCCUUGCAUUUCGCUGCCCACGCAAACAACUCAGAAGGCAUUCGCAUCCUUCUGGAUGCAGGCUCUGACCCUUGUACCAGGGACUUCCUGGGCCUCCACGCCUUGGCUGCCGGCUGCUCUUUCGGCUCCUUGGAUGCGAUCGACGAGCUCAUCUCCCGGGCGCGCAGCUCCAUCCAGCCUUCAGACCUCUCGACGGGCCUCUCAUUUGCUUUGGUUGCCUACGGAGGCACAGUGGACGUGGUGCAGAGGAUGCUGGAUCUACGGGCUGACGUCAACCACUCCUGGAGCGUGCCGCUGGUGCCAAGCUCCGUCUAUGAAGUUGUGCAGGCCAUCAGCACCCUUGAACAUCAACUGGGAAGUGACACGCUUUGGACACGAUUCCAGUUUCAUGCACCUUUGCAUUUGCAGAGAAGUCUUUCGUAUCUCUGUGAUUGCACGUAUGAUUGCCUAACUCCAUGUCGAGUGAAACACAAUUGCCGUGCUUAA